GUUCGGACAGGCUAUAAAACACACUCAAUUGUAAGCAAUUGCAGUCAGUAAGGUUUGCUUGUGAAAGUCCUUCAGGCAGGAUGAUGUUUGCUUUGCUCGUCACGCUGUGCAUAAGUGCAGUGUUUGCUGCUUCAUCUAUAGACAUCCAGUUAGACGACCACUGGAACUCCUGGAAGAGCCAGCAUGGAAAAAGCUAUCAUGAGGACGUAGAGGUCGGGAGGAGAAUGAUUUGGGAGGAGAACUUGAGAAAAAUUGAGCAACACAACUUUGAGUAUUCCUAUGGAAAUCACACCUUUAAAAUGGGAAUGAAUCAAUUUGGUGACAUGACAAAUGAGGAGUUCAGACAGGCAAUGAAUGGUUAUAAGCAUGACCCCAACCGGACGUCACAGGGCCCGUUGUUCAUGGAACCCAGCUUUUUUGCAGCCCCACAACAGGUUGACUGGAGACAGAGGGGCUAUGUUACUCCUGUCAAAGACCAGAAACAAUGUGGAUCUUGCUGGUCUUUCAGUUCAACGGGUGCCUUGGAAGGUCAGCUCUUCCGUAAAACUGGAAAGCUGAUUUCUAUGAGUGAGCAAAACUUGGUGGACUGUUCCAGACCACAGGGCAAUCAAGGGUGUAAUGGAGGCAUCAUGGACCAGGCCUUCCAGUAUGUUAAAGAAAACAAGGGGCUGGAUUCUGAGCAGUCAUACCCUUAUCUUGCAAGGGAUGAUCUGCCAUGCCGGUAUGACCCCCGUUUUAAUGUCGCUAAAAUCACCGGAUUCGUGGACAUCCCCAGAGGUAAUGAGCUUGCCCUAAUGAAUGCUGUUGCUGCUGUGGGUCCUGUAUCUGUUGCUAUUGACGCAUCACAUCAAUCCCUACAGUUCUAUCAGUCUGGCAUCUAUUAUGAGAGAGCAUGUACCAGUCGACUUGAUCAUGCAGUCUUGGUGGUUGGCUAUGGUUAUCAGGGUGCUGAUGUUGCUGGGAAUAGAUACUGGAUUGUGAAGAACAGCUGGUCUGACAAAUGGGGUGACAAAGGCUACAUCUACAUGGCAAAAGACAAAAACAAUCACUGUGGCAUUGCGACAAUGGCCAGCUAUCCCCUAAUGUAAGGCCACUGGAGCCUUCUCUGCAUUCUGAAAAAGUCACGUUUAUGGUUUCUCUAUUUUAAUGUUUUUAUUUCUUCUAUUUUAUCAAGUUGUUCUGCUGUUAGCGCUAUGAUAGUAGUAUUUUAGGAAAUUCCAUUUUUCUUGUGUUUCAUAUAUUUUUGUUUAUCCAAGAAUUUUGUACUGGAUCUAUUUGACCUGCAAAUGGAUAAAUAUUAAAUAUUCUGGCAUGGCAAUCUCAAGUCUGUACUGUGUUUAUUUGCACUUCAUGUAGAAAUGCCAUAAAUAUUAAAUGUUUUAAAAGUG